AUGCUUAAAUCACUGGUCGGUUCCUUUUUCCUUCCCAUAAAUUUCGCCUUUUCCAGCGUAUAAUCAAGAAGAAGAACAAGGAUGCUGUGGAAACGUCGACUAGAAAGGUAUGAAAAACAAAAAAAAUCUUCUGGAGAAGAAUUUUCCAGAAAAAGGAUAAGGAUAAGAAGCCUAAAGCAGUUGCAUCGACCGUGGAAUGCUCGCAGAAGAAAGUUGGUUUUUUUGGCAGAUUUUGAAGAAUAUAGGGUUCCUAUAAGGUGCUACAUGGUGUUCCCAAACGGGGUGGAGAGACGUUAAAAAAAAAAAAAUUUGAAAUCUACAGUACACAGCCGAAGGCGAUCGAACAAACAAGUUAUUAACGUUUGAUACUCAGUGCAUUUUAUCCGUAGCGCGCACUAAAUUUUUUUUGUAAAUUCAGAAAGUUUGACGCCUCGCUCACCUUUCCUCACCCCAUUAGAAAUGCCGUGGCUACGACAAGAGCAAGUAUUCCAUUUGCGGGGAGCACUGUAUGCAGAAAUGCGCAUUGAGUGCAUACACUCUGCGUGUUUACACUUUCGUUGCGUGACGUCACCGGAUCGGAAAUCUCCGGGUUUUUUUGUUUUCUAGUUUUUUUUCGACUAUUUUUUAACUAUUUUCUGGUUUUUUUUUAAAUUUGCAUUUUCUCGAUGACACUUGCACGAUAAAAAACAGUAUAAAGAACAAAAAAUUGAAAAAAAUUCGAAAAAACUCGGAGGUGUCCGACCCGGUGACGUCACGCAAUAAAAGUGUAAACACGCAAAGUGUAUGCACGCAAUGCGCAAUCCCGCAUACAGUACUCCACGCAAAUGGGAAACUCGCUCUUGUCGUAGCACCGAACUUUCAAGGGUCCCUAAGAUUGUCCCUCCAGGGACUCCUCUGCAAUAGUCGAUUUUUUUGCCCCUCCAGGGACUUCUCUUGCGGUCUGCGAAUUUUUCAGAAUUUUCAGAGAUUCCUUGACUUUUCCGCAUCAAAAGGAAUUUUUAAACUUCUCCCUGCUCCUCUAAGAAGUUUAUUCGAAUGAAGUAGGAAAAAAAAAUUAAAAAUAUUAUUUCUCAGCGAAAAUCUACCUCAUUGAAGUUUUGUAGAUUCAUAACAGCUUUUAAGAAAUUUUAAAGGCGCAGGGUAGUUUAUCUCUUUUUGGUCUUGUAAGGAACUCAUCUUGGAUCGGCAGAGGUGUCCCUAUAGGGUUAGGGACCAGCUCCUGUAGGGGAUCAAAAAGUGCUCCCUAGAGGAGUAAAGGGUCCUAUGGGGCUUUAUGGUCUGACCUCUAAGCCCCCGAAGCUUGAGUGGCCCCUAUAGUGGUCUUUUAAUAAUCCUUCUGAUUUGAAAGUUGAAAAGAGCUAUCAAAAUACUCCCCUAUAGUGGCUACUUUCGACAAAUUUAGCUCCUCUGUAGGAGGAGGCAAGGUGAUUCCUAAAAGGUAGCCUGCAAGAGCUCCGAAUGAUGACCCUUUAGGGGCCACUUUGGCAAUCCUAAGCAUAAGCUCGAGUCCAGAAGUAGAAAUGAGAGACUAGGGCUCUUUGAAGAGAUUAUACAGAAGCUAGAGUGCUCUUGUUUCUCUGUCGUCUCUUCAGACUAUCAUUGAUCUCACUUUUCCUAUCCUAGACGUCAUUUUAAAGAUCUUGUACAGAUAUUCCAAGCUAUCAAUGAGCUUAGGAGAGAGACUGAGCUCUCUGAAGAGAUUCUAGAGAUAGAAAGGAUUUCUCUCCUUCUCUGUCGUCUCUUCAGAGCAGUAUUGACCUCUCGCUUGAUUCUCUAUUUCAAUUUUAUAGUUCUCAAUGAGAACAAACGAAACAGUGGGCAACUGAAGAGAGUCCAGAGAAACCAGAUUUUUUUUGCAUCUCUGGCGUCUCUUCAGCAAUUGCUGAUAUUUUUGAGAAUUGAAAAAUUCAGAAUACGCCUAAAGGUGUAGCAUCCAAUGUGGAAGUCUCGCAGAGGAAGGUUGGUUUUUUUUAUUUAUUAAAGGAAUUUUCCAAAAUUUUUUUUGGAAGCGGCUUUGAACUUUAUAGUAGACUCAUUAAAGCUUUCAGGGAUUUUUGAAGAUUUUAGAAAUUUUGAAGAAAAAAAAAGUUUUCUCCAUUAGAGACAAUGACUAUCUGGAGAGAGUCUAGAGAAACAGGCUCGCUCUGGUUUCUCUGGCGUCUCUUCAGGUCAUAAUGAUCUCUAGGCUCUCUGAUCGAAUUUGAAGAUUAUCCCAAAAUCUCAUUGAGCAGACGCUAGUGAGAGAGCAUUUUCUGAAGAGGGUUCAGAGAUAAAAACUUUCAAUUUUUCUCUGGCGUCUCUUCAGAUUUUUUUAUCUAUCGAUCUCGAUUUUUUUCACUUUUUUUGGUUAAAACUGAAAUUUUGAAGGAGAGAAUUUAUGAAAUAUAUAAAUUUUUUUGAAUUGAAGAGAAAGGCGAAAAAGAAAGACGAGGAGAAGACGAUCAAUUCGAUGCGCGCCAGGAUGAAUUCCAACGAAAAAGUGGAAACUGGACCGCCCGAUUUCGCCUUCGCCGCUUCCGUUCAUCCAUCGGUUAAAAAAAAAAGAAAUCUUACAGAAAAAAAAAACUUGAUCGUUCUAAUAGUGAGCUUCUUUCUCGAAAAAAAAAGGAAAUUUCGAAACUUUUUUUAUUUUUUUGAAAACGCCCAAGCUCUGAAAACUAGAUACAUAUAUCCAUCUGUGAAUGAAAAAAAUCACAUAUUCUUAAGAAAUUAACUAACUCGAUGUUUUUUUCAAAAGGCAUGCUGGAAAAAGUCGGUCGGUCAGUUUGGAAAACUAGGCCACGCCGUAAUAUUGCUCCAUUGAACACUUAGAAUUUCAAUCUUUUUUUUUUCUUUUCUGAAUUUUUCUUCCUUUUUUUAAUUUCACUAAGACGGUUUUCGUUUUUUUUUUCAUUCAACUAUAUCGUUCUCGCGAGCAAAAUACAAUGGUUACAUUCAAAAUUAUGAAAUGAUUCAAUUUUUUUGGAAAUUCUUAUCAAUUUUUUUGGAUCCAAAAAUAACUUCAUAUAACCAAAUGAGUGAAAUUAAAAAAAUUUUUUUAGAAAUCGGAAAAUGAGAUAAUGUGUAAAAUAGACACAAAAGAAAAGGCAAAAAACAAAAUUCCCUCCAACAAAAGGUGAAACAUUACCCAGGGAAACAAUUAUAAAUAACAGUUUAGGUUGAAGUGAGGAGCAUGUAUCCCAUACCCUAGAAAACUUGAAAAAAGGAAGGAAAAAAAUAUAGAAAAAGGAAAAAAAAAAAUCUGAAAUUCGAUUUUCCAUGGAGCAAAAUUACGGCGUGGCCUAUUUUUCCAAAUCGACCGAACCGACCGACUUUUCCAGCAUGCCUUCUCAAAAAACCCAAAUGGUGUUAACGAAAAAGAAAAGAAAUUUUCCUGGGAUAUGGACGGUUAUUGAAACUUAAAAAUGAACUAAAUUCAAUUUGUCUAUUGAAGCAAAUUUGGCGGCUUCAAAACUGUCGUUUAUAUGUUUAAAAUGAUCACGGGAAAUCCGCAUAAUGGACAUUUCAGCAGUAAAAUUGGGUCCUACAACGAAAUGGCGGUUUUUAAAGGCGUAGUUCAAAAUUUGAAAGUUCUGGGCUUUGAAUUUUGCGCCAAACAUCCAUUUCGAAACCGCCUAAUAUACCAAGAAAUAUUUUUUUUAGACAAUCGAACAAAAAAAGCAUUUAACAAGUGAAAAACGAACAAAAAGAGCGUUUCAAUUUCACCAAGACGGUUUUCGUUUUUUUUUUUUUCAUUCACUCGUAUCGUUCUCGCGAGCAAAAUUUCAAAAAAAGAGCAUCAGACGACCGAACAAACACCGGGCCAGAAGCAGGCUUUCGAGCAGUUCAUUACGGUUUUUUGAGAAUUUUUAACAUUUUUCUCAAAGUCCUCUUGGUGUUUAGAAGAUCAAAAACAUGGGCAUUGACGGGCUGAUCAAGGAGUACAAUGCCGAGGUGAAGCCCUACAUUGUCCCCAACAUGAGACGGGAGGUUUUCGAUAAGAACGUCGAGAAGAAUCGCUACGUUGGUGGGUUUGGAGCAGGAAGGAAGGAGAAAACAGGACUUUUUAUUGAUUGAUUGGUCGAUUGGUCGAUUGAUUGUUUUAUUGAUUUAUUGACUUACUGACGAGCUGACUUAUUGAUUUAUUGAUUGGUAGCCGAUUAGGGUUACUCCAAAAUGACGCGAGAACUAUUUCUGCGGAAAAAAAAACGCUUCUGAAAGAUUUUUUGAAAAAAGUUGAUUCGACCGUUUUUGGGACGAUUGUCCCUUUUCCAGACGUGGUCUGCAAUGACACGACCCGAGUCGUCCUGAAAGACGGCCGUCCUGGAGAUUAUAUCCACGCCAAUUACGUCAGAGGCCUCACACCGACGUAUAUCCUCACUCAGGUUGAAAGUUGGAACAGAAUAAAAGAAUAAUGAGGACGAAAACGAGAGAUAAUGGCUUCCUGAAGAGGUUCUAGAGAAGCUAGAUUGCUCUCGCUUCUCUGUCGUCUCUUCAGGAGUCCACUGCUCUCUCGCUUCUGACUGAAGUUGUGAAGCUAUCAGUUCAUGUAAUUGAGAGAUAAUGACUUGCUGAAGAGACGCCAGAGAGGCGAGAGUGCCCUAACUUCUCUGUCGUCUCUUUUUAUUGCUAAGUCUCUAAUUUCUACUCUCUGACUGAGCUUUUGGACUUGAUUUUUUCACUGCGAAAAGAAAUAAGCUUUUUCUUGUCAAUAGAGCAACGUUUCUUCAGGGUCCCCUGGCUGGAACUUGCGUCGACUUUUGGCGAAUGAUCGCUCAGGAGAAGGUCACAAUGAUUUGUAUGCUCUGCGAGGUGAUUUUUUUUUGGGAUGUCAAGAAAAAAAGCUUUCAAAAUGACUUCAUAAGCCUAAGAAUUGAGUUUUUCUUCCAGUUUGUCGAAAUGGGCAAGACGAAAUGCGAGAAGUAUUAUCCGGACGCGGCCAAUGAGAAAAUGACCCAUGGAGGUGAUUUUGAAAAGGAAAAAAAAAAUUUAAGAAGUGUUUCAAGUAUCUAAAACUCUCUACAUAUGCUUUUGAAAGUCUGAAGUUAUAAUUCUCAGAUUUUACGGUCACUUGCGAAUCAGUCGACACGACCGAUCAACACUUUCACAAGUGCAAUUUGUUGGUCGAAUCUGGAGGCACAAAAUGGAAGACGACCCAUUGGAGAAUGAAGACUUGGUCCGUUUUGAUUACGAUUUUUUUUUAUUACGGUGCACCACGCGUUGAACCGACUAUCGGCGAGCACCCCUCGUUGAACUAAGCGCGAUUUGGCCUGCGUUGAACUUUCAGGUGCCCCCCGCAGUUUAACCAGUUACUCUCUGCGUUUUCGGUGCACCCCGCAUUGAACUGAGCGCAAUUUGGGCGACCCUGCGGUGAACGUACCGGUGCGCCCGCAAUAAAACAAAGUGCACCCCGAGUUGAACCUUUCAGUGCAACCCACAGUGUAAUCUGGUGCACCCCGCAAUGAGCCAAUCAUCGGCGCGCCCCCCUCUUGGGACUGAGCGCGAUUCGGUGCACCAUGUGUUGAACCUUUCAGUGCACCCCACACUGUAAUUAGGUGCACCCCGCGAUGAGCCAAUCAUCGGCGUGCACCCCGCGUUGAACGGUGCGCGAUCCGCGGCGAUUAACUUUUUGGUACACCCCACAGAGCAACAAGGGACACUCGAAGAGAACAAGGGACACUCAAAGAGGACUUAAUUUUAUGCCACACGCUUGUACGCCAGACAAGUCCAACACGGUGUGCAUUCACUAAUUAUGGGGUUUACACCCUCAUUUUUGUGAAUCCCUAUUCUUUUGGUGCACCUAACAAUGAAGUCAGGUGCACCCCGCGUUGAACUGACCAUCGGCGUGCACCCCCCGAUGAAAUGAGCGCGAUUCGGAGCACCCUGCGAUGAACUUUCCGGUGCACCCCGCAAUGUAACCAGAGAUGCACCUCGCGUUGAACCGACCAUCGGCGUGCACCCCUCAUUGAACUGAGCGCGAUUCGGUGCACCCCGCAGUGUAACCAGGGUGGCAUCAGGGGUAUACCGGAAAGUUCAACGCGGGCUAGGACUAUACGAAACAACAUCGACUCCACCUGAGAGUCCCCUGUUUCAGGCCGGACAAAACCGUCCCGAAGUCGCCAAUGUCGGUGCUUCGAUGCCUUCUCGCUAUAAGAACCAGUCAGAAUGCUGUGGUCGUCCAUUGCUCGGCUGGAAUCGGCCGAACCGGAACUUUUACCGCCGUCGAAAUCUGCCUCCAGACGGUGUUCAACGGCAAGAUCUUGGUCAUGUACGAGAUCUGUCAGAAGCUUCGAUGUGAGCACGGCUUUUUGCUUGGAUAAUAUGUCAUUCUUGGAACAGUCUGGCUUCUCUGCGCUCUCUUUUCUCUAUAUUUCAUCUUCUGAAGAGAUGAGAGAGCGCAGGCGGGUCGGAGUGUUACGGGUGAUAAGAUUUUUCCAGAUUUUUUCUAAUCUUUCUAACUUUAAUUGAAGCCUGCCGUCCGAGUUGCGUUCAAGUCGACCAGCAGUACAUUGCCCUGGCGUUGACCGUAUGCGAGUGCGCCUUUGCUUUUAAAUACGUCACCGACCCGACUCUUAACGCUGUGAGAUUUUCGGUUUUCAAUAUAAGGUCACAAAACAUAGUUAUUGACGGGUAUGCAGAGCAGUAAAUCGACGACACUCAUACCUAAAAUAACUUGCGAGAUAUAUGCGAUAUCGCCAGCGGUACAUUGACGACUUUGUGAAAGUUCUGCGAUGUAGCCGCGCCGGUGUUGCAUUUUUCAUAGCGCGGUCGGUGAGGGAAAAUGCGAGUUUGGAGCGGCGAUAUAGCGGGUCAUUUGCGACAUCGCUUUUCUCUCGCGUCGGACUAGGGAGUUACCUUUGGUAUUCACCCAGGCAUAAUUAGCGAGAGUAACGCGAUAUCGUCUGCGGUACGUUGACGACCUCGUAAAAGUGCUGCGUGAUAGUCGCGCCGGUCCUUUUUACUUUUAGCGCGAGAAAAAUGCGAUAUCGGUGGCGGUAAAUUCAAAAAUUUGCAAAAUUGUCGCUCUGUCCUCGCGCGGAUCCCGCAUUCUGGAAAUUUACAUUUUUCCUUGAAGGCGUGAGAAAAACUAAAGACGGUUCAUUUGCGACAUCGCUUUUCUCUCGCGCCUGACUAGGGGUUUACUUUUGGUAUUCACCCAGGCAUAAUUAGCGAGAGUAACGCGAUAUCGCCUGCGGUACAUUGACGAUCUCGCAAAAGUGCUGCGUUUUAGCCGCACCAGGAUCGCACUUUUCUUGGCGCUAUAUCGCAUUUUGCAAAUUUUGGAAAUUUUUUUGAGAGCGUGAGGAAAGCGAUAUCGCGCCUGGAAAAAUGCGAGAUUGGCUUGUGAACAGAGCGAUUUGUUCGCGUUAUUUUCAGUGUUUUUCUAGCGAUAUCGCGUUUCUAUCGCACCACACUUGGCGGUUAUCUUUAGUGUUAGAUUGAAUAUUUUCAAAGCAUUCAGAGUGCCAUUUGUAGUCAAAUCGACGAUUUGAAAAAAGUUCAUACUGGGAGAUUUUUAAGUGGCCUCUUGAGGGUUUUGACGUGUUAUUGCCCACUAUAGUAGUCGAAUAAGUGAUCACUGGAAAGGUAUCAAUGAUCGGUUUCAGGAGAUCACAGCGAUGAAGGAGAAGUACCUGCAGUACGUGGCGACGGGCCAGCCCUCUGAAGGCGUUUCCCAGAAACCGUCGAACACUUCGUUGGCGACGGCGCCCGCCACCGCCGUCACCACCACCACGGCCACACAACCCGCCCAGUCGCCCUCCAAAGGCGAAAAGAAGAAGUGAUCCCAGGUCGGUGGGUUGCUAGUUUUUCCGAAUGUUGGUUGUUGAUGGGUUACGGUAGUUUACGGUUGUAGUAGCAAUUCAUCAUGGAGCUGAGUGGAUCACGUUGAUUUUUCAUUAUUGCUCGUUUUCUCGGGAAAAGGCGGAUUACGGUAGUAUACUGUUUUUGUACAUUUCCCAAAAAUUGACCUCUAUUCUACAGUAUGGUCAGAUCUUUAGGGUUACUGUAGUUUACUGUUUUGAAAUUUUCUACGGAAGUUGACAAGCUCACCUUACAGUAUGGAGUUGAGUAAGGAAUACUAUAGGGUUACUGUAGUUUUUUAUUUUUGGGAAAUUUCUCUGAAGCCCCCGGGCUAACGUUGAAUCUCCAGUAGGACCAGAAAUUGCUAGUUUUCUUGAGAAAAAUUCAAAAAAAAUUUUUUAAGCUCAGUUUUCAUCCAAUGACGCCAACAAUCUAAAGAGAGAAAAAUUUUGGUAAGAUUUGCUGAAAAUUUCUUUCGAAAUGGAGAUUUCAGACCUCACCGUCAUUUUUUUCUCUCUCCCUCUCCCUCGAUUUUUCUUCCCUCAAAAACGGCAAUAA